CAGACACAAAAAUUCAAAAAUAAACAUAUAAAACUUGCAAUAUGAAGUGUAUUCAAAUUUUAUUGUUGGCUUUAUGUUUGGUGUGCUUUAAUUCUUACAAGGUACAGGCACAUGGACCAUGGAAGUAUCAUCCAUAUCAAAUGCCAGUAUACCCUCCUUAUCCUAGAUAUCCAGAAUUUGUACAGCAAAACACAAAACCAGCUAAUAUUUGCACAGAAUGUUUAAAUACAUGGGCAAAUUUUGCGAAAAUUUUCAAUUUUCCUGACUUUUCACAAUUUGGAAAUCCAAACUUUAAUAAUGGAAAUAUUAGAGCAACUAGACCACCUCCUUAUAAACCAACUACAACUGUCCAACCAAUUGUAGCUAACACGCGUCCUGCAGUUACUGAUACCUUACAAACCAUAAGACCUCCGGUGCCAAGAAGAUCCACUGUAAAACCAGCAGUUGUGCAACCAGAUCCUAAUGCCUCAUCUAGAAUAGGAACAGACGAAAUUAAUGGAUUUAUAUCAACACAAGAUAGAAUUAAUGCUAUAUUGAAGACAACAAAUGCUCCUGUCACACAACAGUCAUAUUUCACUUACCCAGGAAUUAAAAACUCAUUAAAUCACAUGGAGUAUCAACUAGCAGAUAUUAGAGGACCUCCUUUUGAUGGAUUGCACCUUUUUUAUCCAUAUGGACGAUAAAGCUUCCUUAUUCUUUGUCUACAAUAAUUUAAGAAAUUCUGGAUUUUAAAUCUGAAUAAAAGACUGACAAUACAAAA